CCCCUGUUUCCUUUAGGGGGCGUUUCAACAAGCUACCAAAAAAAACAAGGAACUUCCCAGAAUGUGACAAUUCCAGGUUUCGGGGAAGUGUCGUCUUAUCGCUUUACAGACAGAUAAACUGCUAUGGUGACAAGUGUGUUCGGGGACGCUGUGAAAUGACUCUGUUACGAUGCUUUUCAGAGUCCUGUUCAUUCUAGUCGUCGUCCAAGCACUGUCUGCGUCGCCACCGGCUCCACAGAACGUCCAUGUUGAUAACUGGCUGCUGACAUGGACUCCUGCUGCAGAGGAGGGAGAUACCACCUACACUGUUGAGUACAGCAGCUUUGACAGCUUCGUAUGGAAAAAUGUAACAUCCUGCGUCCAUAAAUCUUCAAAUUCCUGUAAUGUAACUUCCACCAAAGCUGAGGACGAGCACGGCUGUGUCAGGCUGCGUGUGCAAGCAGAGAGGCAUGGGCUGACCUCGACACCGGUCGAAGUCUGUAGCAGACAUGGUGACUCCUGUACUCCUUACUUCAGUCUGAUGCCAGGGCCCGGCUCCCUGACCGUUCAUUUGAGUAGGAACCACAGUUUGGCCCGGGACUAUGCAGACCAUGCAAAACACAGGGUUUACUAUGGCAAGGAAGGGGAGUCCCUGCUGUAUGCUAAAUAUGAAGAUGCUCUGGCCUCCGUGACCAUCCCUGAGCUGCAGGAGGGACAGCGGUACUGUGUACAGGUGCAGAACAUCUACUUUGGAAAAUGCGUCGGACUGCCCACCUGUCCCCAGUGUGUGCUCAUCCCAGAAUCAAAAAAAGACUCCAAACCAACCGUGAUACUAGCUGUGGGGCUCAUGAUGGUCCUGGUCCUCCUGAUUCCUGUGAUAGCCUACUUUCUCAUCUGUAAGCCUGAGAGAAUCAAAGAGUGGCUGCGACCGCCGUACGAGCUCCCAGAAGAUUUCCUGGAACCAUUUCCUGACCAUCACCUUGCCAUCUCCAGCAGCAGUCCCACGGAGGAGUGCUGGAAUGUCAUUACUUCCAUUUCCCCUCAGGAGUUGAGCACCUGAAAACAGCAUCUGCUUCUGCGCUGCUCCUCCUCCUCUUCGUGGCCUUGUUAUUGUGCCCUGAGAAUUGAACCACACUCCCUCUCAUUUCUAUCGGGCCUCAGGAUAAGAGACAAUUUGAUUUCUAGUUCAAGCUUAAUUGCUGGGAAGAGGAAGUCUAAUUUUAUCAACAUUUGGCUUCCCCUCUAGGAGAGAAAAGAGAGCAAUGAAAAGACGGAACCACUCUCUAGAUCACUCAAAUUAAAAGGCUCCACACUGUUAUUACCCCCGCUCUUAUUUGGUUUAAUAUGGCCUCAAGAGCUCUAGGUUAAGUAACAUAAACACAGAGGUCCAAAGUUAAUAAAGAUUUUUACAGGAAAGUGUGUGCCAGAUUGAGCAAAAAUACCUAGGUACCUACGCUGUUAGGUGACAGAAAGUGCACUUUUCCCUGUCGAGCUAUGGAGA